AUGGAAGACGCUAAAGAGGUCGUUGCGAAGCGUUGCCGGAAUGGCUAUGAAGAACUGAAACGCGCUGUGCGAAAUUUUCUGGGGAAUAGUAUUGACCGCCGUCAACUACAAGAAGCAACAGAUCAAGUUGACGCUAAGGAAACCAAAUACACCACAAUUGCCAUUAUUACUUUAAGUGUGCAAGAUGUCCAACAAUCCCUCUGCCUCGAACUUGAUGUCGAGGAUACUGAGAUGGAAGCUAUACAGCCACUCCCCCUCCCUUCCCAUCUUGUACACACUCUUAGCCUAAUCAAAAAGGCUAGUGGCAAUUCGAAAAUCAACGAGGCCAGCGCACACUGGAUUAUAGAUGCAGUCAUUCUUCAAGCGUAUGAGGCGGCGACCCGAGACCUGAAAAAUGCAUAG